AUGGCUCUCUACUGCGGGGACAACUUCGGCGUGUACUCGCAGCCCGGCCUGCCCUCGACCGCCGCCGCCGCCGCCGCCGCCCCGGGCGCCCCCGCACCCGCCCGGGCGCCCUACGGACUCACCGACUACGCCGCGCCGCCAGCCGCCGCCGCCAACCCCUACCUGUGGCUCAACGGGCCGGCCGUGGGCGGUUCCCCCGCCGCCGCCGCCGCCGCGUACCUGGGCGCCCCGCCGCCGCCGCCGCCGCCGCCGGGGGGCGCGCCGGGACCCUUCCUGCAGCCGCCGACCGCCGCCGGCACCUUCGCCUGCGCUCAGCGGCCCUUCGCGCAGCCCGCGCCCGCCGCGCCCGCCUCACCCGCCGGGCCCGCGGCGCCAGGGGAGCUGGGCUGGCUGUCCAUGGCCAGCCGCGAGGACCUGAUGAAGAUGGUGCGGCCGCCCUACUCGUACUCGGCGCUCAUCGCCAUGGCCAUCCAGAGCGCGCCCGAACGCAAGCUCACGCUCAGCCACAUCUACCAGUUCGUGGCCGACAGCUUCCCCUUCUACCAGCGCAGCAAGGCCGGCUGGCAGAACUCCAUCCGCCACAACCUGUCUCUCAACGACUGCUUCAAGAAGGUGCCCCGCGACGAGGACGACCCAGGGAAAGGCAAUUACUGGACCCUGGAUCCGAACUGUGAGAAGAUGUUUGACAAUGGGAACUUCCGUCGGAAGCGAAAGCGCCGCUCAGAAGCCAGCAGCACCCCCUCGGUGGCCGUGGGGACCUCGAAAUCAGAAGAAGGGAUCUCCCCGGGGCUGGGGUCUGGAGUGGGUGGAAAGCCAGAUGGAGACAAUGCCCCUGCCUCUUUGAGACCCUCCCAGUCCCCAGAGCCUCCUGAGGACACCAAGAGUACUGCCUCCUCACCGGGAGUGUCCAUGCUUUCCUCCACCCCUUGCCUGAACAGCUUCUUCAGCAGCCUCAGCACCCUCAGCGUCGGUAGUAGCAGUGGGAGCACGCAGCGGGCACUCCCUGGCGGCCGCCCUCUAGGGAUCCAGGGGCCCCAGGUGUCCUCAGGCAGCGUGUUUCCCCCCAGCUCCGUCCCGGAGCCCUCGUCAGACCCCUUGCAACUGAAUCACAGCUCCAGCAGCAGCAGCAGCCAGAGAUCUUCCUACUACGGCCCCUUCCCCGCCAGCACCAGCGGGGCCCCUAGCAGCCCCUUUGGCAGCCCUUUCUACAACUUCAGCAUGGUCAACAGCCUCAUCUACCCUCGGGAGGGCUCUGAAGUAUAGAGCCCCAAUUCCCAGACUCAGCCGUUGCACACCUGAGAUCUCAUGAAAAUACAGAUCUCCAGGCAGUAGGUCUGGGGCAGGACCUGAGAUUGCAUUUUCUCCAGAGUUCCUGGCAAGGUCCACUGACCACACUUGGAACAGCGUGUAGAUGCAAACUUUUUCUUUACCCGACAAGCUUUCUCUGGAUAAAGGGCCUCCCUGGAGAGAAAUCCAGUCCAGUCUGUUCUGGGAUGGUAUCCGAGAGCCCUGUGAUGGCAGGGACCAUGUCUGUCUGUUCGUCACUGUGUAUCAGGGUCACAGGGUCCAGUGGGCACAGACUUCAGCUGCAAAAACAAGUGAAUGAAGUUACUGGGUCAGAAAAAGUAACAGUUGGCACUGGAAGCAGCAGGGAAUGGUUGGGACUGACCAGCUGCAGGCUGCUGUGGGCAACUGGUCUUCUCUGCCUGGCAGCAUUCUGUUUUUUCUAGAAAAGUCAAGAGACCUGCAUUUUCCCAGGAAACCUCCAUUUGUCCUCUUUGUUGCUAAUGGAAAGUUUUUCAAAUACUGUGCUAGAAAGCACCGCAAAUCCUUGAGCUCUCUACCCAGCUCACAGAUCAGCUCUAUUUAUGCUUAGUGUCAGGGAUGUGUCAGACAUUAAUAGCGAUAGAAGUGCCCAGAUAAUACCCUGUGUGCCAGGCAUUGUUCUAGACACUUACCGUAUAUUAGCUCAUUUAAUCCUCACAACUUUGGGACAAAUGUAUUGUUACUCCCCCUUGUUUUCUGUAUGGUGGCAGUAAACUGCCAAGAUGUUAGGUCCAAACAGUAAGUCAUGAAGCCUGGAUCUAGUUUUGAUUUUUUUGUUUGUGUGUGUGUGCGUUUAGUUUUAUGUUUUGUUUUGUUUUUUUGGCUGCACUGUGUGCUUUGUGGGACCUCAGUUCCUGGAUCAGGGAUUGAACCCAGGCCACAGCAGAGAAAACACCAAAUCCUAAUCAUUAGACCACCAGGGAGCUCUCGCCAGGAUCCAGUUUUAACGUACUCUGGCUCCAGAGUCUGUGCUUGUAACCUUGUGUUUUAGUCCCUGAAAAACAAAGGCAUUAACAGGCAGACAGACUAAGUGGUGUCUAAGGAGUAGUAAUGAGCUAGGUUUCAUCUGACCAAAGAUUCUGGCUGAAAUCAGUAUCUCUUGGGAUAUUCUGAGCAGCAAGGAUGGACACCAGCUCUUCCUCACUUUUGCUGCCAUAUUUUUGAAAUCUGGUGACCGUCCUAGUUAACUGAUAUCCUGUCUUUUUUAGCAUAUGUCCUGGGUUUUUCAUCUUUGAAGCAAAGUUUUAGUAUUUUAUUAAAAAUAGUUUUUAAAUGGAAUUUUUAUUUUUAAAAGAAAACAUUUGUGGUCAAAAAAUUGUUUUUAAUGUAAUAUAUUUUAACACUCCCUUUUACUUCUCAGGAGGUGUCAUUUGAAUAGUUUUUAUGGUCACCGUCUUGGUGCCCAAUAGAAUGUCUGUAUGUGGCAGACACUCAGCCACAGUUUGAACUUAUCCAAAAAGUGUUAGUGCAGAUAGUGUGAUUUUAUUGGAAUAGUGAUGCAUUAAGAUGAAGUUAAUGUCCUAUGAAUUACCCUUGUACCAUGUUUGGUCUUUGAUGGGAACAUUGCUAGUUUUUUAAUUUUUUUAGGAAAAGGAACACAAAUUAAUUGUAAAAAAAUUGUUAACUUUUCCCUGUAUAUUAUUUGAGAUUCACAGCAUUAUUGUUAAAUUGGAAGUUUGAAAUAAUACAUAUAGAAAAUUAUUUUUGUAAAAAAUAGUCUAUUGAGGUAUAAAUAAUGUCAACAUUACUUUUUAAAUAUUAUACAGGAAGACAACCAAAGAAACUACCUACCCUCAUACUAUGUGUACAGAAAACCCACUUUCUAUGGAUAUUUUUGUAUGUGAAAAAUUGUAUGGGCUUUUAUAAAUAUUGUUUCUAACACAAUUCUAUAUUUGUAAAUUAAUUUAUAAUGUGAACUGGGAUGAUUUUUUUUUUCCCCAAGAAAGCACACUGCAUGCUGGAAAUCACAUAAAAUAAACUUGAAG